GCUACAAAACCCAUGAAAUCUCCAGAGGUACCUUCAUCUGGAUCUGCACCAAGAAAUCUCCCCAUAAACUUCUUCAUGGUUUCCUACCUUAAUGACUUCAUCUGACCCGUCUUUUGGUCUCAGCUCAGACUUUCUCCCUUCCUUCCUUCCUUCAAUCUUGCUUGCCUGCUGGGACACUCAAGGUUUCUCUGCCUCCUGCCCCUGUUCAGGCUUGCUGGCAGCUUCAAUAUCUGCCCAUUUUGUGUUUCUGCCAGGAUCUGUGAUGACAGUGACAUACACCAACCGUGUGGCCGAUGCCCGCCUAGGCACCUUCUCCCAACUCCUGCUCCAGUGGAAAGGCAGUAUCUACAAGCUCCUCUACUCCGAGUUCCUUAUUUUCAUCUCCCUCUACUUCACCAUCAGUCUUGUCUACAGGCUGAUCCUCAGCGAAAGCCAAAGGCUGAUGUUUGAGAAGCUGGCGCUCUACUGCAACAGCUAUGCUGAGCUAAUCCCCGUGUCCUUUGUGCUGGGUUUCUACGUGGCCCUGGUGGUGUCCCGCUGGUGGGCUCAGUACGAGAGCAUCCCGUGGCCUGACCGCAUCAUGAACCUGGUCUCCUGCAACGUGGACGGGGAGGACGAGUACGGGCGGCUCCUGCGCCGCACGCUGAUGCGCUACAGCAACCUGUGCAGCGUGCUGAUCCUGCGCUCCGUCAGCACCGCUGUCUACAAGCGCUUCCCCAGCAUGGAGCACGUCGUGAGGGCAGGUCUCAUGACCCCAGAAGAGCACAAGAAGUUCGAGAGUUUGAAUUCCCCCCACAACAAGUUUUGGAUCCCUUGCGUGUGGUUCUCCAACCUAGCGGUGAAGGCAAGGAACGAGGGGAGGAUCCGUGACAGCGUGCUGCUCCAGGGCAUCCUGAACGAACUCAACACUCUGCGUAGCCAGUGCGGGCGGCUCUACGGCUAUGACUGGAUCAGCAUCCCUCUGGUCUACACUCAGGUGGUGACCGUGGCUGUUUACAGCUUCUUCCUGGCCUGUCUGAUCGGGCGGCAGUUCCUGGAUCCGGAAAAAGCAUAUCCUGGCCAUGAGCUAGAUCUCUUCGUGCCAGUCUUUACGUUUCUGCAGUUCUUCUUUUAUGCUGGCUGGCUAAAGGUGGCCGAACAGCUCAUCAACCCUUUUGGGGAGGAUGAUGAUGACUUUGAGACCAACUGGCUCAUCGACAGGAACCUGCAGGUGUCCCUUAUGGCAGUGGAUGAGAUGCAUCAGGAUUUGCCCAUCCUGGAGAAGGACCUAUAUUGGAACGAGCCCGACCCCCAGCCACCUUACACCGCAGCCACUGCUGAGUACAAGCGCCCUUCCUUCCUUGGCUCUACUUUUGAUAUCAGCAUGCAGAAAGAAGAGAUGGAGUUCCAGCCCCUGGAGCAAAUUAAAGAGAACGAGGAGGCGAACCACUCCACGCCACUGCUGGGACACCUGGGCCGUCUCCUUGGUGUCCAGUCACCCACCUUCGCCAGGUCCUCCUCCCGGAUGAACCUGCUGCGCCGGCGAGGGGAGCCCACCUCCCCCUUCUCCCACUACGCCUACCAAGACACAGGCAAGGCUGUCCCCUCCCCAAGGGGGGACACCACCUCACAGGAGCAGUGGGACGGCGACGAUGGAAAGCUAAGGGAGUUUGAUGCCUUCAUGUCAACCCCGUUUUAUGAGAGGCCCGGUUUCUACAGCGCUCCACAGACGCCGAUCAGCUCCAUCCCCAUGAUCUUCCCUUCCCGGCGCCAGGGCCGCAAGAAGCCCCCUGCGCUCUCCAGCAUUGCUGCAUGCUCCAAUUCCCUCAGGGACGUCAUCGCCAACUCCUCGCCUUCCAGGACGAGCGAUAUGUACAAAAGCCAGAGCUCCCUUGGCUCAGGUACCAAGGAAACGUUUAUUUGGCCAACGGAAAGGAACAAAGGUCCUGACUCACUGGUUGUAAUGGUGGAAGAAAAAAACAACUCUAACAGUAGAGGCAGAGAGGCUGCCACCACGGGGAGUCCAGAAGCUCUGUCCACAGCAUCAGACAGCCCUAAAUUCCCCCUCCUGGCAGAGUCCCCGAACCACGAGAAGCAGGGCAACUUCACGAGCCUGAAGAGCUCGAAAGGCUCCCAGCCACCCUGGCUAACUCUGGAGAACACAACAGCCGGCCCUGGUUCUGAGCAGCUGAGCACCCUGCACACCCCCGGCACCAAAGCGCCCACCAGCAGCCCCCCUCCCUGCUUCUCUUUCACUCCUGUAACAUCUCCAGCGCUGGAGAGGUCCCCCAUGGGGAAUGCAGGCCCCGACAGCCUAAGUUCAGAAGACACAAGCAGUGCGCCAGACCUGUACCCAUCAGAGGUUUCUGGGACAAGAGAUUCAGGAAACAGAAGCAGUAAUAAUCCCCCGACAAGAGAGACAAGACGAGUGGAGAGCCCAUCCCCAAACGAUUCUGGCAUCUCUCUCGGUGAUGGUGACUACGUGGGGCUGAUGGAGGUGAUCAUGGAGACUAGUGAGAGCACAUGUGAAGAUCUGAUGGAUCAGUACAGCUAAAGGAGACCAAAAGACACAGGUCUGUUAAAAUACCUGCCAUAUAAGUGAUAUUGCAAUAUCUUUACACCUGGGCCAACAGAAGAGCAGUGCAGCCAAACCCCAAGCUGCUGGAGCAUUCACCAAGAGCCCAGCCCAGGUGACUCAACACUACUGCCCUCAGGUACAGUAGCAGGCACACGAUUUCAGUGUUGCAACAAGAAAAAAGUGAGGAAAAACCCUACGCUUUAGCAAAACCAACAAGACUUUUAGUGUUAGGCAUUACAGAUGCCUAACAGCAGAACUGUAGCUGAGCUGACAGCAUCCUGACAACCCUGGAAUUCAGGCGUAGCCCAAAGCAGAAGAGGAAUACAGCCAAUGACACCUCCUCACAGCAGGAAUUAGAACCCCAAGUUUACAUUAUUUGCCACAAGGCCCACUACACGUCCCAUGCAGGACUGGCACUACUGACAGAUACUCCAGGGAAAGAAAGGGACUGAGUCACAGCACCCGUGAUACAGACCCACAGUGCCUCACGAAGCCCUACCUACCUGGUACUCCCCCAUACUGGGAAAGCCCCCAUACUGGGAAAGCAAUGGGAUAAGGCUCUUGAACAGGUGGCUGCAGGCAAUGGUGUUCACAUUGCUUCCAUUUCCCCAUCGCAUCUGCCACUGACCUGAAAGACCUGAAAGCUCUCAAGGAAGUCUUGUCAAUGGCAGCAGACACCACAAAGCUAAGAUUUCUAACUAUCCUCCCUGAAAACAAUAAAAAAAAGCAAGGCUGAAGUCCAGGACCACUUGUUUCCUCAUUUCAGUUUCUGUGCAAUAAUAGAAAUUGCAAGUGUUAAAGAAAAGUGUUCCUCUUUUCAGAUCUUCAGGAACAGCUGCAGAUCUCCCCACACCACAGGAAACAGAACAAAUUCAGUCCACCUCACGUACUCCUCACCCUCUGCCUUUCAGAUAGUUUGGCCUCAGCUGGUGUCACCAUCAGCCCCACCUAACUCCCAGCAUUGUCUUUUGAGGUAGUUCCUCCAUCACCACUGUUUGUCUAGCUUAGAGCACUCAGACAGCUCUUUACUCACAGAGUUUUCUUUACAGACAAGUGCAGUCCCAGUUGUCAGGCAGGCAUGAUGCUCAGUGAAGCAUUAAUCCCACCCUUCAGCAACUCAGGAAGCCCAGAGAUACUAAAGCCUCCCUUUCCUUGCAUUACAGCAGAAGUUGUAGUGGCAAAAGCAUUUUAAAACAGCUUUAGUCCCUCAGCAAUUCCUGCAGUGGAUACUACUGGAUGGGAAAAAAAGCUAAUUCAUAGAAGUGUUAACCAAGAAAAAGUACAACUUGACCCCCCCCUUAUGCAUUUCUUCAUGCCCAGCUUAAGAUAAAAUUCUCCCAGUGGAGACUAGGGAGCACAAUCCUUUCAAGAAAAAGGGAACAAACCACUUUGAACCAAGUCACUUUAUUGGAUGGAAGGCGAUACACAAAACACAGGAGAAAAGAAGGCUGAUAUUUGGUACAGAGUAAGAGAACUGUUUAUCUAGAUAGCUGAAGAUGCAUGCACUGCUGGACAGUAAAGCAGGAAUCUUCCUGAAACCCACAGGGUGGUGUUUGUGGCAAGACUUCAGCUCUCAUUGUCACUGUGCCCGAGGGUGUGCUUGUCGAAGAGGUACUCUGCCAUGCCAUACUUUGGUGCCCCCAUCUUCCGCAGGUUGGUCACAUGGU